UUAAACUUCAGCAAAUCUAAAUUAUGAACAGUCAGCUUUUUUGUUAACAUUUUCCAAAUUCAAAAACAAAAAACAACAAAAAAAUUUAAUUCAGCUUACUUAAAAUAUCGCACAUCAUGUACUCAAAAACUAGUGAGACCAAUGCGGAAGAAAAUAGUGAUAGCAGUCAUGCUUCUCAUUUGAAAAACAAAGCGAAUUCGUCUAAUGGCGCACAGAAGACUAACUGGUUACCAUCAACGGAGAAAGAAACUUACCGUACAGUUGUGGUAAACUAUCGAUAUGCCAAAAUGGAUAAGAACUAUCCGCGUAAUACCGGCGCAAUAUCAAAGAAAAAGCAUUGGAAUCGCAUGAUUUCCGCGUUGGCCGCCAAACCGAAUAGCGAUGAAGAGGAAGCAGAGGAUGAUGAUGUACCCAAUUUGCGCAAACUUUAUGAUUGCUCGAAAGAAGAAUUAAGUACAUGCCAUAACGUGGAUACACCAAAACCUUCAUGCGAGAACUUAACUAAGCUAUUCCACGAGUCACCGAAGGAAGCCAUCAAGUUGGAAGUUUAUUGCUUGCCAGUAGAACAGGAAGCAAUAGUGGAGGAACCGCAAGUAAAUACAAUUGAGGAAAAUGAAAUCAAAUCAGAAACUAUAGAAGAUGAUACUUACAAUUACGAUGAAACAAAAUCGCAGGAGAACUCAGAUGAAUGUGUCGAGGAAGGCACCGAUAACUCUUUUGAAACAACGCAAAUGGCAAGAAAUUAUCCGUCGUUUUCAGAUUUUGUAUUUUUGGCUGAUCAUGAAAUUGGCGAAACACCAGACUUCGAUGCGGAUUAUUGUUGUGCCAUGACUAAGGAUAAAGUAGAUGGCACACAGCAGACUUGCAUCAUCAAGAACACGACAAAAGCAACACAGAAACCAGAACGAAAUAGCGAACAACUGCAAACGAUUAAGAAGUCUUGUAGGCGUUCAAGUACGCUCAGUGCACAAAACUGUGAAAAUUGUUUAGAGCUUGCGGUAGCAGAAAUACCAAAAGAAACUGGCAAGCCAAAAACUACACAAAAUCAAGGUGGCUUCCGUCAGCGUCAACAGGAACUACACCGAUAUCGCAUUGCGGUGGAGCAAAAACGGUUAGAAUUACUUGAAGUAAAAUUACAACGGGAACGUGAUGAGAUGUUGCGUGAACAAAUACUCUUUGAAAAGGAGAUCGAAUUCAAAACGACACAAAUAAGACAGCUUAACGAUGAUAAGAUCGUUGACAUAUUGUGAGGUUAUGUGCUAGGCAUCACUACAAACCGGAAAAGUGCGAGCAGAAGAAAAAAUAAAGAUUGUAAGCAAAAAAGUUUUUCAACUAUAAAUACAGUUUGUAAAUAUCAUUAACAAAAAAGCAAAAAUAUCAAAUUAAACCAAAUUACUAUUGCUACAAUUUUUUAAAAUAAAUAUCAAACAA